GCCUCAGGAUGUAGGUACCUAAUCAUAGAUAGCACAGGCGCAUGUAUUUUGCUGCGCAUGCACAUCUCCUUCAGUGUCUGCCUCCUCACCAGGAGGCCCCUCCUCUAGACCUGUAUUACCUCCCUCUACCUCUAUAACAUACCUACCUCUAGGCGUAGGUACCUAUGUUUUAUAGUGAGAACAAGCGUUGCAAGCGAAGCCUCAAACAGUCGGCAGAGGCAAGAACACGACCGGUACGAAGCACGUCGAACAAAUCGAGAGCUUGCGCGCGCACUCCGCACGACAAUGCCCCCUUGUCUAUAGUCGAUGAAGCAUCACCGCCAUUUUCGCGACGGCGGGUCGUGGAUGCCUAUCAGGAAACACGGCAUAUGCGUGUUAGGCCAGUGCCGGCGAUCAGUUGGUCGCAAAGGGAAAUUCCAGAGGCUUGCCAGUACUACCUCUCCCACCCCACUCUUCCCCGCGCUCCAAUCCCCGUGUCCCAGGCGCCUUUUCUCUCGUACCUCGGCGAGUCGUGGUUCGCGACCCGCGACCCCCCUAGACAGAAAUUGAUGUCAUCCGCCCAGACUCGGGAGACGUCGAGUUUCAACCUGCACCGGCAGCAUGGAGGGAUGCAUUGGCCGUGCCAGCAGGCAGGGGCUCCCGAAGCUCUCGAGAGCGGUCGUCUCACGCCGUUUCCCCCUCCUCCCGGCUCAGCUCGGAAGCGGCAGCAGAAGCAACAAGUCGAUUUCACCAAUGUAAGGAAUUUUGGGUUGUCGCGGAGGGAUUGCGUUCCCGUAAAGGAGGUUCGGCUCGCUGAGCGACCUCGGCUCGCGACAGGUGGAGGAACGAAGAUAAGGAUAACGGCUGCCCAUGCGAUUCUACCGUGAGUCGAGACGGGAAAUCGGCAAAGCGCAGGAUUCUAGCCAUGUGAAUUCGCUCAGGCAGCUGAGUCGGAGGGUAUUUAAAUUAAGUGCCCAAUUUUGGGCCUAUAACGACCAGGAAACCCGGCCCCGACCUAAUUAAUCAUGAUACAUGAUUGCCUUGGCUUGGCUGCGCAUCACCGGCUAUCACGGCCGGCACCGCAACGCCGAUAUACACAUAGGUAAUAGGGCUGAACCAGGGAGGUCCCACCAGCAGCAGCAAGUCG